AUGUGGGGUUUAAAAAUGCGAAUCAUUAUCCCAAUAGUCCUGUACUUCGCAGGCCAUGCGACUGCAGACUGUGAAUGCGGCUAUUCAUCCUCCAUCGGCGACUCUGCGGAACCCUACAUAUUUACUGAUCUUAUCGAGUCUGACUUCUUGCACAUUCCCAAUAUCACUCUUGAUACGGACUGGAGACGACAACAGUUUAAUAGACGGCUGGCUGCUGGACGUGGUCCUUACGGCAUGAACUACAGCACUGAACAGGUCACGUCAAAUCCUAUACUUGAUGAGAAUACAUGGUCUGGAGAUGGGGAAUUUGGUGUUGAUCCUGGUGUACAGCUUACUGUUAGUGGAGGUGAUCCUGCCAAUGGAUUUGUUCAGACUGCGGAGAUAGAUUCGGCCCGUGAAGAUUUACUCUGGGGAACAUAUAGAGCUGCUAUGAAAUUGACCUUAACUCCUGUACUUAACGACAGCCAAGAAAUUGAUAUGGAGUUUCUUUCUUCCCAGUUCAACGUCGACAACAACACAUUCCCUGUCAAUCUUGUUCUACAAUCGGUGCAGUCAGUCCAGCUGGCUACCAACGCUGCUGGUACUGGCAACUAUGUUGUGGCAAACCUUCCCUUCAAUCCGACCACUGGCUACCAUGAAUAUCGCAUCGAUUUUAUCCCAGGAAACGUCAUAUUUUAUGCCGAUGGACAAAUCCUGGCAAAGAUGAACAGCACCGCGGGUUCCGACAUCUCCUGGUCAUAUGAUAUCACACAAUGGAGCAAUGGGAACCCUUUGUGGUCCUCAGGUCCACCAUCACACGAUGCUGGUCAUCUCCGUCCGACAAAACGAUUGCAAAAGACCCUAAAGCUGAAAAAUGCCAUUUGUGCCAUUCCAGACCAAACUUCAGCCCCCAAUCCGGAUGGAAACAAUGGUAAUAUUUCAGCAAGUACAUAUUUCUUCAGCAACCAAAAGAACGAGACGAACAAUCAGACAGUGUACAAAAAGAGCGAAGCUACCACGGCAGCGACUGCUGGACCUCAUGGCUCGAUGUCUCUUUUCCUUCUCCUUUCUAUGAUCGCCAUCGCCUUGCUAUGA